AUGGCGGCGGCCGGAUCAGCUGCUGCUGGUCGUCCCAAGUUGGGGGAGGAGAAGCUGAUCAUCCGACCGGAGAAGGUGCGGUUCAUCGACAUCCUGUCCCUGCUGAUCCUGCGCCGGCCCAUCACCAGCUAUGCCUUCGUCGACGCCGGCGACCAGACGACCCGCGACGUCGGCAUCACGCCGGGCGACAUCUUCGUCACGCUCACCGAGAUCAUCCAGAAGGCCCUCGCUGCUGCCUACUACCCGGCAAAGAUAAUCGGGGCCAUCGUCGAGCUCCUCCUCAACUUCUUCGCCCUCAACGGAGGCCUGCUCGGCAUCAUAUGGAACAUCAUCAGAUUUAAGCUGGUGAUCCCGCGCCGGGAGGCGGCCAACUUCCGGACGAUGAUCGGGAUGAUCGACGGGAGGACAGAGCUGAAGCCGGCACCAGCAGCAUCUGUCGGCGACAUGCGGCAGCUGCAGGUGCUCGACGUUGUGGUCUCCGGCGAGGUGGCGGACCUUGAGAGCGGCGGGUACGUGACGGCUGGGACGCCCCUCGUCCUGCGCCAGUACCUCAUCCUCGAGAUCACAGUCAUGGCGGCCAAGAUCGCGUACGAGAACGCCGCCUUCGUCAAGAACGUGGUCAACAACGUGUGGAAGUUCAAUUUCGUGGGGUUCUACAACGGCUGGAACAAGUUUCUCAAGGAGGACACGACACAGGCGUUCGUUUUCACAGAUCGGGCCAAGGAUGCGAGCGUGGUCGUGGUGGCGUUCCGUGGCACGGAGCCAUUCAACAUGCAGGACUGGUCGACAGACGUGAACCUGUCAUGGCUGGGCAUGGGCGCCAUGGGCCACGUCCACGCCGGCUUCCUCAAGGCGUUGGGUCUCCAGGAGGAGGACGGCAAGGACACCAACCGCGCCUUCCCCAAGGACGCCCCCAACGGCGCCGCCCCCAUCGGCAAGCACAUCGCCUACUACAAGCUCCGCGAGGUGAUCCGCGACCAGCUCAAGGCGCACCCGCAGGCGCGGCUCGUCAUCACCGGCCACAGCCUGGGCGGCGCGCUCGCCGCCGUCUUCCCGGCGCUGCUGGCGCUGCACGGGGAGACGGAGAUCCUGGGCAGGCUCGGCACCGUGCAGACCUACGGGCAGCCGCGCGUGGGCGACGCCACCUUCGUCAGCUUCUUCCGGGCCGAGGUGGAGAAGGCGACGGCCUUCUACCGCGUGGUGUACCGCUACGACGUGGUGCCGCGGGUGCCGUUCGACGCGCCGCCCGUGGCGGAGUUCACCCACGGCGGCUCCUGCGUGUACUACGACGGGUGGUACGACGGGAAGGUGCUCCCCGGCGACGCGCCCAACCCCAACUACUUCGACCCGCGAUACCUGCUGUCCAUGUACGGCAACGCGCUGGGGGACCUGCUCAAGGGGGCCUUCCUCUGGACGAGGGCCGGCAAGGACUACCGCGAGGGCCCCGUCUCCCUGCUCUACCGCGCCUCCGGCCUGCUCGUCCCCGGCCUCGCCUCCCACAGCCCGCGCGACUACGUCAACGCCGUCCGCCUCGGCCGUAUCGCGCCCAAGUCACUCCUCUAA